GCAAAGGAGACCGAUGUUGAGAGAGUAGCAAAGCAAAGCAGCAGGAAGGGAAUGGCCGGCUGCGGAGAGGACCUGAAGCUGUUGGGCAUGUGGGCGAGCCCGUUCGUGGUGCGGGUGCAGAUCGCGCUCCGCCUCAAGGGCCUCAGCUACGAGUACAUGGAGGAGGACCUGCAGAACAAGAGCGAGCUGCUCCUGAGGUCCAACCCUGCCCACGGCGGCAAGGUGCCGGUGCUCAUCCACAACGGCAAGCCCGUCUGCGAGUCGUCCGUCAUCCUGCGGUACAUCGACGAGGCCUUCUCCGGCGCCGGGCCCUCCCUCCUCCCCGCCGACGACCCCUACGGCCGAGCCGUCGCUCUCUUCUGGGCCGUUUUCAUCGACGACACGCUGUUGAAGGCGCCGAGCCAGGCGUUGAGAGUCGCGACGGGCGAGGAGAAGGAGGAGGGGAGGAAGAAGGCGGCCGCGGCCAUGGAAACCUUGGAGGGGGUGCUGAGGGAUUCCGAGGCCAAGUUCUUCAGCGGGAGGGACUGCCCUGGUCUCGUGGACGUCAUGCUCGGCGGCCUCCUUGGCUCGAUGCGCGCAUCUGAGGAGAUGGGUAGGCUCCAGACCUUCGACUCGACCACCACCCCGCUCCUGGCCGCUUGGGCGGAGCUCUUCUGCACGCUGGACGCGGUGGCGCCGGUCAUGCCGCGCGUGGAGAGGCUCGUUGAGUAUGCCGAGGCGAUGCAGCAGCCUCGCACCGCCGUGUCCCGCACCACCAGCUGAAAGCGGAAAGAUGAGCUCUGCGCACAGUCGUCUGUUUGUCCUGCAAUAAGCGCGGCUUGUCAAGAAAAUAAUGCUCUCUUAUUUUUGUAUGGAUGAGUGUUGGUAUAAAACUAUUGUGUUCUCAAAAUACUUUAAAUCUCUA